AUGUCAUGUCCUGAAGGAAACGCGACAUGCAAUGGUGGUCACCACCUGCCCAACUUCAAUCAAUCAAUUUUCACAUUCUCCGAUCCACCGGCCGCACGGACGGCGGCCCUGGGCGGCCUCAGGAGCAGAUCAAUGUCAGGAGUAUUUACUAAUCAUACAAAACUCGAGGAACAAAUCAUUCUCAAAUCGUUCGAGUUUCCAGUUAUGGCAUGCAGUCCGCUGGAUGAGAGUGUGGCAUCCGCGGUAUUCGGAGUGACAGAUGGCUCGACACGUACACUUGACCCGAUGAGCUUCUAUCUAGAAGCUCAUAAAGAAGCCAAGUUGUUUCAAGAAUUUCUCACCCAUCAUUCCACGAGAGCGGUUUGGCUUGUCCGGCAGAACAAACAGCUUUUAAACAUACUCCCCAUCUCCUUCCGGUUCUCAUACAAUACCUUCCAGCCAUUCGAACACCGAAGUAACAUGGGUCUGCCAGGAUCUCUCUACCGAAAGGUUAUAGCUCAAGUAAUCCUAUGCCUAGCAAUGUGCUCCUGCUUCCGAUGCGCAUUCCGAUUGUCGACCAUUCAAGAAGAUGCAGAGCCAGAAUUGAUGAAAAUUACGGACGAAACCCCUCGAAUUCUUAUCAAAAGCGACGAAGCAAAGCGGAAUGAGAUAGUCGAUGCGGUACUACAAGCAGCUAAGCAAGGUGAUGGGGUCAUUAUUAAAGUCGAACCAAAUCUUGAACAUUUUGAGUAUCGUUUGGUACCCGGCGUGAUUAGAGAGGUUUUAUUGCGUCUACCUGUCCAGGACCAUCGCGAACUCGAUACUACAGGUGCAUUAAUCGAGGACAUACACGAAUUUAUCUUGGAAAAAGUCCAAACAUCCUUUGCAAUUGAAUGCGCAGUCGCCUUUAGGGAUGGCCUCAAGUUACUCAGUAGAAAACUCCGGCCAACUUCUUCUAAGAUUAGGGGAAGGAUCCAGCCCACGAUUAUAACGAUUAAGCAACAUCUUGCCACGUUAAAAAGAAAGGUUGCAGAUGAGGCUAGAGAAAAGUCCUUCCUCAUGAAUAUGUAA